AUGAGCCUGGUGGAGGUGAGGCAGUUAGCGGGCUCGCUGACCCUGUCCCUGUCCAGCAAUGACUCCAAGGAACGCUGCUGCGAGAGCGACCCGGACAGCCUCCGCGGCCGGGCCAUGUCUCCGGACUUGAGGCAGGACUUCAACAUGAUGGAGCAAAGGAAGAGGGUCACCCACAUCCUGCAGAGUCCAGUGUUCAAAGAUGAGUUGGAAGGCCUGAUUCAGGACCAGAUGACCAAAGGCAACAACCCCACAGGUCUCCUGGCCCUGAGGCAGAUAGCUGACCUGCUCAUGGCCGGCACGGUGGGAGGGGCCGGGCCUUUGACGUCACCCAUCAGCUUGGGAACGGUGUCCCCCAUCAACGACUUGUACGCCGCCGAGACGCCAUCCUUCGCCAAAGGCGAGAAGCCGAGCCGCUGCAAGCUUGCCGGCCUCUACAGGCUGGUUGACCUUUUUAGCUGGGCUCGUUGCACCGGCGCCUACAUCACCGUGCGUGUCAACAAAGAGCAGGAUCAUGUUCUGAUCAGUCCGAGAGGUCUGUCCUUUGCCGAGGUCACUGCAGCAACGUUGGUGAAAGUGAACAUGAUCGGCGACGUAGUGGACCAGGGCUCGACCGACUUGGGCAUCGACCACUUUGGAUUCGCUCCUCACGCCGCCAUCUACGCCAUGCGCCCCGACUUGAAAUGCAUCAUCCACAUCCACACGCCCGCUACGGCCGCCGUGUCCUCCAUGAAGUGUGGAAUACUGCCCAUUUCCCAGGAGGCCUUGCUCCUUGGAGACGUGAGCUGCUUCGGUUACCAUGGCAGCCUGGCUAAUAAAGAGGAGAAGGUGGAGUUUCAGAAAGCUCUGGGCCCGACUGCCAAGGUGAUGAUCCUAAGGAACCACGGGCUGCUUGCUUUGGGAGAAACCAUAGAAGAAGCUUUCCACUACAUGUACCACUCGCAGCAAGCGUGCGAAAUCCAGGUGCAGGCAUUGGCUUGCUCGGGCGGCGCGGACAACCUGCUGCUCCUGGACAAGGAGAAGUUCAAACCUCUCACGCAGGGAGCGGCCGCCGCCGGGGUGCCCGUCAGCAACGACUUCAAGUGGAAAGUGGGAGAGGCCGAGUUCGAGUCUCUGAUGAGGAUGCUGGACAACCUUGGAUAUAGAACAGGCCACUCGUACCGAAACCCCAUCGUCCGCGAAAAGCCCCGAUCCAAGAACGACGUGGAAAUCCCCGCCACGGUGUCGGCGAUUAUGUCGGACGAGGAGGGCGAAGCGGCGGGCCUGAGUAGCCCCUUUAAGUUCACGGCGCAGAAGCAGCAGCGGGAGCGGACGCGCUGGCUCACCUCGCCCAACAGUUACUUGAGGGUCAACGUGCCCGAACGCUCGCCCAGCGGAGACGUCAGCCCCAAAACCAUGUGGAUGAAGUCAUCAGAACCAGGCAAAAGCAUGGGCACCCCGAUUAAGAUCGAAGACCCUAACCAGUUUGUGCCCCUCAACACUGACCCAACAGAAGUGUUGCACAAGAGGAACCGGAUAAAAGAGCAGCACAGAGGCGACCUGAUGACGUCAGGUCCCAAGUCCCAUUUACUGGCGGGCAUUGUUGUGGACACCAUCCCGGGACCAGCUUUCAUCAUGGAGGACGAGGAGCACACUCGCUCCCUUCCACCUAACCCUUUCAACCAUCUGACAGAGGAGGUACUGGAAGAGUACAAGACCCUGGUGCAGCGAAAGCAACUAGGCCAAGACGAAGACGAAGAUGCAACGGAUGCGGACGAGAUGACCACGUUUGAUGGCUCCACAAUCUCACUCUCACUUUCUCCCAUCAUGACACCAUCCAAGUUCGACACGAUACCCAACGGGAAGGACCAUUUGUCCGAUCCGGAAGAGGACCUGACCCUGGAGGUUUCCAAGCUGAGCGUGAGCGCUUCGGAAUCUCUGGAAAUCUCCAUGAGCGCCAAAGACGAGACCCCGGAAUGUCAGAGCAAGAAGAAGAAGAAGAACAAGUUCCGCACGCCUUCCUUCCUGAAGAAAAGCAAGAAGAAGGAGAAAGGUCAGGUGUCGGCACAUUAAUGACAAACAAAACUCGGUCGUGCGAAUGAGGGAUGGAAACCAGCCGAGAUUUGAGUGCUUGUUUUUGUUUUGAUGAAUUGGCAUUGGAGAGACAAACUUGCAAAGCUCUGAAGAUGUUCCCUUUUGCACAAAUCCCUCGUAUGAAUGUAUGGAAACGAGCACAGCCGUCGUAAUAGUGGCCGCUAAUGCAUCACAGUCAACGGACGAAAAAACAAGUACGAUUUGUAUCUUUAAGACCUUCUUGAUUAUAAUCUCGUGUUGCUUUGCAGCGGGGGGGUGGGGAACCUUCAAUCCAAAAAAUAUUGCCGGUUCAUUCGUGUAAAACGAAUCAUUUCAAGUUCUAACAUUGAACCCAGAAAUACGGUUUCUAGGAAAAAGGUUCCCCAGCCCGCCACUUGCUGCUCUCGCCAUUACAUAAUUGUGUACUUUUGUGAAAUGAAGUUUGCCAACGUUUACCCACUAACACUUGUUCUUAAAAAAAACAUGCUGUGAGAAAUUUUAUGGAAGUAAUAAUUGUCAUAUGCUGCUUAUUUUUGUUCUGACGAAACUUAACAAAGCAAUGAGGCUUUUCUUGUUGUUUGCAGUUUACAAUGUGAAUGUGCCGACCCAAAGGGAGCGAGGUGUUUUGUAAAUACAUUUUUGUUACACUAAAACUAUGAAAAGGUUCCAAAUGUGACAGUACAAUCUUAAUACAAUAUGUCGUUUUAACAAUUUGUAUUCUUUUUGUUUUUAUAUUCACAUGUUCUGAGCAGGCACUGUUGUUUCUUUGUGUGCGUACAUUUUGACAAGAUCAUACCACUUUUUGAAAUGUAUUUGUUGCCGGUAAAGAUACAAACACAUCCAGUAUGAAAUAAAGCUUUCUACUACUA